AUGGCUGUGCUUCUAGGCAAUCGGUUUUCUGAAUGGCGCUAUGAUACCGGAUAUCUGCGGUUCCCAGCUCUCUCUACAAUUACUAUGGCUGCUCCACCGCUUCUACUUUCAACCAUUGCCAGUACUGAUCAAGAUGCAGUUAUCGCUUGGGAUCCUGUAGCUGGGAAUCCAAUCGUCAGUUUCAGCGGAGACACACCAGCCCGGUCCACUCUGACAGCCACAAAGGCCCUUGUCGUAUGCGCUGUUGCCAAAAAGCCGGUUCUCCAAAUGUGGUCCUUUCAAUCAUCUGCGGCACACAAACGACUCACUACCAAGGGCGUAGUUAACGCCCUUGCCUUCACUCAUGACGAUUCCAUACUCUUUUUGGCAAUCGAAAAGAGUAUUUAUGCCUAUCAGUUCUUUGACGCACUUACUGGCCAACUUUCAUCCACCGUCCUCUCCAACAGUCCACCGUUAUCAAGCAUUUGCUCAGCUCCCUACAGUAACCAUGUCUUUUGUGGUACUGAGAACGGCAUUCUGCACACAAUUUGGAUCAAAAAUCCUCAGGACUUGCAAUCCCUCGAACUCUCCUUCCGGCGAUGUUUCGCUGAGUCAGGGUAA